AAUUAGCAAACACGCCAUUUUUGUACCUAUACCGAGAGAAUCCGUACUUUCUUUUUGGCUUAAUUCGCUGGUUAAUACAUAUACAGCGAAGUAAAAGCAGGCACAAGCGAACUAAUAAUCCGUAACGAUGAGUGGAAUGCCUGAAUUGGGGUCCCGUAUCAGUCUCAUAUCGAAGGCAGAUAUCAGAUAUGAAGGCAGACUUUUUACCGUGGAUCCGCAAGAAUGUACAAUUGCACUUGCUGGAGUCCAAUCUUUCGGCACGGAAGAUCGCGAAACGCAGUAUCCCAUUUCGCCUCAGAGCCAAAUUUACGAGUACAUUUUGUUCCGCGGCAGCGACAUCAAGGACAUCCGUGUGAUCAACAAUGUCGCAUUGCCCAAUGAUCCGGCGAUUAUGCAAAUGCAUCUGCCCUCUUCCAAUCCGCCGCAAAUGAUGCCCGGAGGCCCAAUGAUGCCUGGAGGUCCGGGAUUCAAUGGAAUGCCUCCCAAUAAUAUGCCGCACAUGCAAAAUGGUCCUCCGCAAAUGGGCAACUUUGUGCCCUUCAACCAAAUGGGGGGCUUUGGAAACAUGAACAUGAAUGCACCAAACAUGGGCGCCAACGAAGCGCAGAAGAAAAAAGAUGCCGGCGAUGUUCAAAAUGACAAUAAAGAAAAACUCGGAGGAGGAUUAUCUCGAUCUGCAACGCCCGCAAGUUUAAGUUCUCGAAAGAGCCCGACUGCAGAUUCAGCAUCACAAACUGGAAAAGGCGGAAAGGGACACGGUGAUAGAAAACAACAUCAAAAUUAUCAACGAAAUGCCAACCAACCGCAGCAUCAACAACAGCAACGUAAUCAAGAUAAUCAAGGUGUAAAUAUGGAUUACCGCUACAAUAACAGAAAUCGUCAACAACAAAACAACAACAUGAAUAGAAAUUGGAAUAACAGAGGACCUCCGCAGCAACAACGCAACAAUAGAUUCCGAGGACGUCCUCAAGGCAACUUCAACGGUAAUCGAAAUGCUCAUCGAGGCAACCGAAAUGUUCUCAAGUUCGAAAGUGAUUAUGACUUUGAGCAAGCAAACAACAAAUUCGAAGAACUACGAUUACAAUUGACAAAAUUGAAGGUUGGCGGAGAAGCUGAAGAAACAAAACAAGUAAACGGCGAAGUUGAAAAGAAAGAAGAUUCCGGCAAUGAAACUGGCGCCGAAAGAGAACACGAGCCAGAAGACGACGAAAAUGCAGGUUAUGACAAGACAAAGUCAUUCUUCGAUAACAUCUCGUGCGAAGCAGUCGAACGUUCCAAGGGCAAGACACAACGCACGGAUUGGCGUCAGGAACGCAAAUUGAACUCGGAGACUUUCGGUGUUUCGCACAAUCGUCGCGGAAAUUUCAGACCCCGCGGAGGAGUUUUCUUCAAUCGCGGAGGCGGCGGCGGAUAUAACAACCGAUCGGGUGCAUUUAGAGACAACUAUCAAGGAGAUCGCAACAAUCGAGGCUCCCAAAAUAACCAACAACAACAACCGUCAAACAACCAACAACAACAAAACCAGCAACAACGACCCGUAAACGCUAAAUAAUUUUAUUUAUAAAAAAAAAGUGAGUGAAGUCUCGUUUCGUCGUCGAAUCUGAACUUUUUCAAAAAAAAAAAAAUCAUUCACCAUAAAAAAAAACGUAAACUUGAAAUGCAACACAACCGCUACUAAAAAUGAAUUACGUUAUCUAGCGAUUUUUUUUAAAUUUAAGUUUGUAAUAAUAUUCCUGAUUCCUGGUUAAAAGUAAAAAAAAAAACUAAUAAUUAUAAUAACAACAAGAAAAAAUGAGAAAGAGCUAAAAAAAAAGGAGAUUGAGAUUUUUUGUUAGAGAGAAAAAAUGUUGAAGUAAAAUAUUGCAAAAAAAAAAAUAGAAGUGAAAAAAAAACAUUAAAGUACAUCGUUCAUCAUUCAAUAGCAUAGGACACGAUGUUUUAAAGUUAAGAUUUAAAAUAUACUUGGUAUAAGCUACUUACUACACAUAGCUUUGUAAACUAUUCAAAAUGGAUAUGAAUA